AUGGCUGCACCCAGCAGGCGGCAACGGCGGGUGCAGCGCCGCGAGGGGCCCUGGCCCUCGGUCGCGGCGGCGGCGGCGGCAGCAGGCGGCGAGCCCGCGGCAGAGCCCUCGGUCGGCGCGGGCGCCGCAGCGACAGCCGAGGCGCCCGCCCUGCCCGGCAGGAAGUUUGUGUACGCUGUGGACGGCAAGCCGGACUGCGAGCAGGCCCUGCGCUGGGCGGUGCACAACAUCUUCAGCAAGGGCGACACGGUGUACCUGGCACACUGCCUAUCCGACCCGCGCACCCCCGCCACAGCGGUGGGCUCCUCCUCGGCGGCCACCCAGUGGUCGCCCGCCCGCGACGAGCAGCGAUAUGCCAAGGAGUUCUUCCUGCGUAUGGAGCACGAGGGCAGCGCCAUGCUGCAGGGCCGCUACGUGCCGCUGCUGCAGUUCAAGGGCGUGCAGCACGAGGAGCUCCUGCUGCGCCUGAAGGUGCAUCGCUCGGCGGCGGGCAUCGCCGAGGCCAUCUGCUCCAAGGCCUCAGACCUCGGGGCUGAUGCGGUGCUGAUUGCCAGCCACGGCGCGGGGGCGCUGGCAGACUUUGGCAGCGUGUCCAGGUGGGCUUCCGAGCACAGCAAGGCUGUGUCCGCGCCCGCCUCUCGGGCCGUCGUGGUUGCCGGCACAGACAACAUGGAGGGCCUGCGUGACGCCUUUGAGUGGGCGCUGCACAAGAUGGCCAAGCCAGGCGACGUGGUGUAUGUGCUGCAUGCCGAGCAGCUGGCUGGAGACGAGGAGGCUGUGGACGCGCGCAAGCGCCUGGUGUCCUCCGUGUUUGAGUGGCAGCAGGGCAGCAGCGCGGUGGCGGCGCCGCUGGUCAACGUGGUGUGCGACAUGGUGCUGGGCACUUCCAUGCCGGAUGAGAGCAUGGCGGAGCCAGAGGGCGAGAGUGGCGCAGGCGCGCAGAUCUGUGACCUGGCAGCCGAGGUGAAUGCGCGGUGCGUGGUGCUGAGCCACCACGGGGCGGGGAUGAUGCGGGAGCUGCUGUGGGGCCACGUCACCAUGCAUGCCUCCAAGUUCUGCCCCCGCGCCCUGGUGGUGCUGGAGCCGCAGCAUGCCUUCUCCCUCUUGGGAUGUUGA